GUGAUGAAGAUGCGCUGAGCGGCGGACGCGGCUGGCGGGACGCGGCCAGCAGAGACUGGAUUACAAACGGGAUUAGAAACGGGACUAUAAAGUUAUUCCGAAGCAAACAGAGGAUUUGGUGAUGUGAGGCUGUUCGGGCCGCUGGGUUCGCGCAUGCUUUGGGAGGAGGGGAGUGUGUGUGUGAGUGUGUGUGUGAGUGUGUGUGUGAGUGUGUGUGUGUGUUGGAGGGGAAAUGGGUGAGAGAGAGAGAGAGCUCAGGAUCCGGGCCUAGGACGUGCUGCCGCGGGGACUCGCCUCAUCGCCUCUCUAACAUCCUGAAAUUGGCCGUUUGUCCGCCAGAAUGAGGCGGCGGCGCGGCGCGGCGGCGCGGCGCGACACCGAAAUGGGUCGGAUCAUGUCAGAAUGAGCGGGCCUUCCAAAGGCCCUGACAGGAAGUCCAGCUGCCCUUUGACCCCGGCCCGCGCCAUGUCGGCGGCUGCCGCCUCCUCCCUCAAACGCACGUCUGUCUACGGCUACAUCCAGUCGGACCACUCUUCCUCCUCCUCCUCUUCCUCAUACAGCCCCCUGCGGAGGCUGCAGCACCUCACCAAGAUGGUGAGCCGGCCCGACCUGGUGCUGCCGAGCCGGGGGCCCGAGCGGCGCUGGGACUGGGGGUCCGACCAGAGGGGCAGGAUGGAGGACUACUGGGCGGAGUACAGAGAGUGUUCUGUCUCCCAGGAAGACGUCUCGUCUUCUUCUGGCCAAAAGCAAACGGAGCUGCAAAGUGAAAGUAAAGACUUUCCUGCUGUUUGUUGCCACCAAUCUGCUGUUUCUGAGAAAAUGGGAGGCAACUGUCCGUCCAGCCCGCCGAGCCCGGCCUUCUCUCUGGACAGCAGCCCCUUCGCCAACGGCCUGCUGCACUUCGACUCGGCUCUGUUUGAGGCCGACGGCGUCGACGAGGAGCCACAGACCAACGCGCCCGGCCCGGGUUUCCUGGACAAACGCGACCAGCCGCAGACCGCGCCGCAGACCGCGCCGCAGACCGCGCCGCAGCUCGCCCCCACAGACACUCGUCUGGACACAGAGACGGCGGCGGCGGCGCCCAAGGUGGUGACGCGCUCCCAGUCCUCGGGUCAGCGCCGGCGGUACUGGGACGGCUCAGAGGACGAGUGGGACAGCGACUCGGAGCUCUUCCUGUUCGAUGACUGUCCUGCAUGGCGGACGGCGCAGCCGAGCGGCUCCAGGAAAAAGCCGCCGCCUCCGCUGAAGUUCGCCGAGGGGCAAAUCGUUUGGGCCAAGUUCGGCCGCCGGCCCUGGUGGCCGUGUGAGGUGCUGGCCGACCCGGCGCUGGGCGUCUACCACAGGAUGAAAGAGCCCUGCGACCGGCUCUGUCGGCUGUAUCACGUCCGGACCUUUGGGGAGCCGAAGGAGUUCGUUUGGGUGGAGGAAAAAUCAACUCAGUCGUUCCACGGAGGCUUUGAGUUCGACCAACUUGUCCUUUUGAGACGAAGAAGCAAGCAAAGAGAGCAGAACAACAGAAACACUAUCCCUAAGCGUUUCCAGGAUUCGUGGAGAUGCAGUGUGGCCGAGGCCGAAUCCGUUCUCUCUGGGCGACCCGACGUUUCUCCGCCUCUGGCUCCAUCCACAGAUCAAACCUUUGCCUGCAGUUCCCCGGCAGAAGGACAGAAGAAGCCCCAUCCGGCCGUUCCCUCGCCCUCUCUGCCGGUUCCCACUGUUUCUGAACUGUUGCACUUAACGAAUGGAUCCACCUCGUCUGCAGCUACAACACAGACAAAACCGAGCACUUUAAAAAAAACUUGUAGCAAGAAGAAGGAAAGCAAAUCCCUCCAGGACCUUGGGAAUGAAAACACACUGUGUUGCAGUCUUGAUCCGUCUCACAGAGACAACAGCGAGUGCCCGUACUCUGAUCUCGACUCAGUCCCGAAGAUUUUGUGUCCUAAAGCACUUCAGCAUCAGCCGAAGCGACUUCCAUGCCAGCCGUCUGCGGCUGCAGUCAAAGAGCUCAAGAAGCAGCCAGACACCCAGACUGGACUGUGGUUCAGUAAAUCAGGCAGAGACCGGCGACCUAAAACUACCAGCCCAGUGUCGGACCGCUCCCUCUUUAGUAAGGGUCCCUGCAAGAAAAAGCACUUAUCCACUGUUAGGAAGAAGGCCCCGGUUCCCUCCACCUCAUUGGUUGGCGCUGGGUCCAAUGACCCAGUUAUACUGGCAGAUAAGUCAACAGAUGAUGGUCCGAUACAUGAACAGUCAGUACCUGAGAAAUGUAGGGCCAGUGAGGCCAACCCUGUUGAAGGAAGAGGCAGGUCUUUGGACAAACCAAAGGCCCAGCUGUCCACUGAAGACCAGCAGACUUCUGAGACCAAAAUAAACCCUUCGAGCAUUUCGUCUGACGACCUGGAUGUUGAAAAAGACUUUCAUUCCUGCAAGACAGUCGAUUUUAAUGACGACUCAGAUUCUCCAAAGAUGGUAACAUCUAUAAGUUCAACUGAACUUUCUGUCAUAAUUGCUACUAAACAACUUGAUAAAACUGAAAAACCUUCUGAAAAGGAGAAAGAAAGAAAGCAGACUCUGAGGCCCUGUUUAGAAGUCGAAAAAAGAGACCCAGACUCGAUAUUAGAAAAGCAAAAAAAUCUGGUCUCUAAAUGCAGACUCCCGUUUGUGAAGCUGAUACGAAAGGAGAUAGAACAAAACAAAUAUUUACGCUCAUGUCUGAUAAAUGUCACCACUAACAGAAGUGAAUGCAAUAAGAAAGAGAAAAUACCAGAUAGUAAUGUGAAUAAAGCAGCAGCUGAUAAAUCAGAAUUGACAGGCAGCAAAACGAGCGUCUCCACUGAACAAAUUACACCUUCAAAGUUCAUCCAGGUCUCAGUCAAGAAGCUACGAGCGAGAAGUGAGUCUGGCCUACUUCGGCUGUCAUCAGAGUCACCGCCUGAACACAACACAAAGACACCCGGAAACAACACCAAGACACUUGGUAACAACGCUGAGACACCUGGAAACAGCGUUCCCAUACCUGGAAACCACACCAAGACACCUGGAAACAAUGUUCCCAUACCUGGAAACAACACUAAGACACCUGGAAACAGCGCUCCCAUACCUGGAAACCACACCAAGACACCUGGAAACAACACCAAGACACCUGGAAACAAUGCUCUCACACCUGGAAACAAUGCUCUCACACCUGGAAACAACACUCUCACACCUGGAAACAAUGCUCUCACACCUGGAAACAACGCUCUCACACCUGGAAACAACGCUCUCACACCUGGAAACAACACUAAGACACCUGGAAACAACGUUCCCAUACCUGGAAACAACACUAAGACACCUGGAAACAACGCUCUCACACCUGGAAACAACGCUAAGACACCUGGAAACAACACUAAGACACCUGGAAACAACGCUCUCACACCUGGAAACAACGCUCUCACACCUGGAAACAACACUAAGACACCUGGAAACAACGCUCUCACACCUGGAAACAACACUCUCACACCUGGAAACAACGCUCUCACACCUGGAAACAACACUAAGACACCUGGAAACAAUGCUCUCACACCUGGAAACAACGCUCUCACACCUGGAAACAACACUAAGACACCUGGAAACAACACUAAGACACCUGGAAACAACACUAAGACACCUGGAAACAAUGCUCUCACACCUGGAAACAACGCUCUCACACCUGGAAACAACGCUCUCACACCUGGAAACAACACUAAGACACCUGGAAACAAUGCUCUCACACCUGGAAACAACGCUCUCACACCUGGAAACAACACUAAGACACCUGGAAACAACACUAAGACACCUGGAAACAAUACACCUGGAAACAACGCUCUCACACCUGGAAACAACACUAAGACACCUGGAAACAACGCUCUCACACCUGGAAACAACGCUCUCACACCUGGAAACAACGCUCUCACUUCAACAAAACUUUCUGAUGCCUUGGGCAGCCCAGAAGUGAAAUGUAUCCCAGCCUCUAACAUUAGUCUAGAAAGUAUCAUCACCGUAUCGUGCAAUGAAUCAAACAGAUUAGAAUGUAAAGAUUCUGUUUGCAAUCAAACAAAGACAUUGUCUGACCAGCCAGGUAGCUCAGAGGAAAACAGUUCAUCUACUAAAACUGCAGCUUCUUCAACAGGAAGUAAUCACCUCCCUGAAAGUUGGCCUGCUCCAAAAUCCAGAAAAGCUGUUCACAAACUGAAGCAGGCUACAGAAAUACAAAAAGUCCUGAAAGAACAGCCAGUCCAUCUUCCAGCCAGCAGUCGGCUGAUGACCAGGGCGCUGAAGGCCUUGCAGGUCGUCGACUGGAGGAAACGUAGAAAAGCCCAGCAGGCGAUUGAGCAAACUAAGCUGAGCAAACUUCUGGACACAGUUCAGAAUUCUGCUGAGCCCAAAUUUGAUAUUUGCACUAAUUUAAAACUUCUAAAAUCUACUGACAUUGACAACGGUGAUUGCUUUUCUAGAUGUAGCUCCCCUUCUGUACUAUUCUCUGAUUCAGAUGAUUUUGAAGCUGAUGUUAAAAGUGAAGAUGAAGACCUUUCAGUUUCUUCAACUCCGCCAAUGGACUUCAUACCCCUUACAUCUAUAGUUAAGGCAAAGCACGGAGAUCUGCCCCCAACAACACAACCUCCAUCACCUCAAUCACCGUUUUCCUUCAUGAAAGCCUUCAAGAAUGUUACGGAGGUUUCCUUUCAAUCCUUACCAAAUAGCAGCAAUGGAAAGCCAGUGUCUUUCAGGCCAGACUCAAAAUACCAGUUUAGCACUUUUCUUAUGAUGCUGAAGGACUUGCAUGACACUAGAGAGCGAGAAGGCACGCCCCUUGAGUUAGAGAUUGGGCCACCCAGUGCACAUGUGAAGGAGGAGCCGCUGAUGAUGCCACACAAGGCUCCUCUAGAAGGACACGGCCACACAUGUGUCCUUAGCAAAACCGAUCCAAUCGCAGAAAAAUGUGUGAUUGGACAGAACGGAUGUGGCAAAGGCCAGAAACUCAAGAGGCCCUUUAGCAGAAAGAGUGGCAGAAAGAGUUUGUUGAAAGGGAAAACCAAUCGCAGAGUGCCUGGACCUGGUUUUCCUGGAGUAACAUCAGCAACAGGAAUCACUUCCUGGCCAACAGCAAAUAUCACUUCAAAAAUAACGGAUAUACAAAUUGGCAGUAGCUGGAUCCAGGCUGGCUGCAGCAGAGACAUUGGUGGGCAAGAGGAGCAGCAGAGAUGGGAAAGGCUGAAAGGCAGCCAGCAGGUUGGUGUUCCUCUGGAAAGGAGGGAACGUCCAACACUCAUCCUGGAACAGCCAAGCGGCCUCGGAGACGACAUGAUGAACAAGACGGACUUGAUUCUAGAAGCUGAGGAACAAGACAAGACUUCAUCCGAACAUAAACGAAUACGAAAGCCCAGCAAGAGACUACUUGAAUGGACUGAAGAAUACAACCAGAUUUUCUCCCCAAGGAAGAAACCCAAAAGGUCUCUCCAGCUGUUUGGAAAGGCCAGUGAAUCUGUUGCUGCCCUGUGUGAGCUUUCGGACUUGGAGAAGAACAUGGCCGACAGCUCAUCAUCUUCCUUACUUCCUGUAAUCCUGACGCCGCCACCAGAGGAGUUGGCUCCACCCACACCUGCAGAAACCCAGAGUCCCAAAGCAGAAGCGCCAUCCAUCCAAGAGCUUCCGCUGCUUUCCAUCGACUCCUUAACUCCGCCCCCUGAAGCUCAGGCCUCCCUGUCAGACGGCCUAGUCAAAGGAAACAAAGUUUUUCCUGUGCUUGAAAAGAAGAGGAAGAGGAAACCAACGCAGAAGAUCCUGGAGUAUUGCCUGGAGGCCGAGGUUUCCGCCGCCCCGAAGAAGAAGAAUAAAACACUGAAGAUAAAUUCAAAUGCUGGACCUCAGUCAGAUUGUUCUCCGCCAUCUUUGAAAGUGAAACCACUCUCUGGGCCGUCGGCCUGCAUGCCCCUCGCCCCUGUGACCUCUGACCCCCCGGCGGCGUCCAGCCCACCUGAGCAGGUGGAUCUGCCCCCAGCAGAUGCGUUCCAGUCUGAUGACGGCAGCGUCCAGGAGGAGGCACUGGAGUCAGAGGAUGACAGGUUUCUGCCGGAGAACCGGUUCCGCCCCACAAAGGAUGACCUGCUGGGCAACGACGCAUCUCUACCUGUCAGGAGGAUCAUCGGCGACCGGGGAGGACCCGCCUCCAUGAAGGAGAACGUCUGCCAGGUGUGUGAGAAGACGGGGGAGCUGCUGCUGUGGGGUCAGUGCUGCGGAGCAUUUCACCUGGCCUGCAUCUCUCUGGCCGAGGCGCCGAAAGCGAAGUUCGUCUGCCCAGAAUGCAAAUCAGGCGUCCACACCUGCUUCGUGUGUAAGAAGCGCAGCGAAGAUGUCCGCCGCUGCAUGAUCCCUGUUUGCGGGAAAUUUUACCACGGAGAGUGCAUCGCUAACUACGCCGCGACCGCGCCGGUCAACCGAAGCUUCCGCUGCUCCAUCCACGUCUGCCUCACCUGCUUCAUCGCCAGUCCCGGCAGCUCGUCUGUCUCCAAAGGCCGUCUGGUGCGAUGCGUUCGCUGUCUCGCUUAUCACGCCACCGACCUGUGCAUGGCCGCCGGCAGCGUUGUGCUUUCCAACAACAGCAUCAUCUGCCCCAACCACUUUGCGCCGCGCCGCGGCGUCAAGAACCACGAACACGUCAAUGUCAGCUGGUGCUUUGUCUGCACCGAAGGAGGAAGCCUGCUGUGCUGCGAAUCGUGUCCCGCCGCGUUUCACAGAGAGUGUCUGAACAUGGAGAUGCCCAAAGGCAGCUGGUUCUGCAACGACUGCAAGGCGGGGAAGAAGCCGCGCUACCAGGACAUCCUGUGGGUCAAGGUCGGCCGCUACAGGUGGUGGCCAGCGGAGGUCAGCCAUCCCAAAACCAUCCCAGAAAACAUCCAGCGCAUGCGGCACGACGUGGGCGAGUUCCUUCACUUCUUCGGCUCCAACGAUUACCUGUGGACCUACCAGGCCCGCGUUCCCUACAUGGACGUCGACGCAAACAGCAAAGAGAAGAUGGGCAAAGGUGUCGAUGCAACUUACAAGAAAGCGCUGGAGGAGGCGGCCGUGCGAUUUCGUGAGCUUCAGGCAGAAAAGGAGCUUCGGCAGCUUCAGGAGGACAGAAAGAACGACAGGAAGCCGCCGCCGUACAAACACAUCAAGGUGAAUCGUCCGAUUGGGAAGGUCCAGAUCCUGACUGCUGACCUGUCAGAAAUCCCGCGUUGCAACUGCAAGGCGACAGACGAGAGUCCGUGUGGGAACGACUCUGAGUGCAUCAACCGCAUGCUGCUGUACGAGUGCCACCCUCAGGUGUGUCCGGCCGGGGAGCGCUGCCUGAACCAGGCCUUCACCAAGCGGCAGUACAGCCAGGUGCAGAUCUUCCGGACGCUGUCUCGCGGCUGGGGCCUUCGCUGCAUCCACGACAUCAAGAAGGGUCAGUUUGUGACCGAAUACGUCGGGGAGGUGAUCGGCGAAGACGAGUGCAGGUCGAGGAUCAGACACGCCCAGGAGAACGACAUCUGCAACUUCUACAUGUUGACUCUAGACAAGGACAGAAUCAUCGACGCCGGGCCGAAGGGCAACGAGGCUCGCUUCAUGAACCACAGCUGCCAGCCCAACUGCGAGACGCAGAAGUGGACGGUCGGCGGAGACACGCGGGUGGGACUGUUCGCUCUGGUGGACAUCGCUGCAGGCACAGAGCUCACCUUCAACUACAACCUGGAGUGUCUGGGCAACGGAAAGACGGUUUGUAAAUGCGGCUCGGCAAACUGCAGCGGCUUCCUGGGCGUGAGGCCAAAGAACAACCCUCCGUCCGACGACAAGGGCCGCAAGCUGAGGAGGCGGGGCCACGGCAGGAAGAAGAAGAAGGCGCUGCCGACCAAAGAGAGGGAAGACGAAUGCUUCAGCUGCGGAGACGGAGGACAGAUGGUCUCCUGCAAGAAGCCAGGAUGUCCCAAAGUCUACCAUGCAGACUGCCUGAACCUCACCAAGAGGCCAGCAGGUCGUUGGGAGUGUCCUUGGCAUCAGUGUGACGUCUGUGGGAAGGAGGCGGCGUCGUUCUGCGAGAUGUGUCCCAGCUCCUACUGCCCUCAGCACCGCGACGGUCUGCUCUUCAUCUCCAAGCUGGACGGGAAGCUCUGCUGCAGCGAACACGACCCCUGUGGGCCGGAGCCGCUGGAGCCGGGGGAGAUCCGGGAGUACCGGCCCGACCCGGGGGCCCUGACCUCUGGGGCCCUGACCUCUGGGGCCCUGACCUCUGGGCUGACCUCUGGGCUGGGCAUGGCUGUCAUCCCGCGUGCCGUCUCAGCCGGCUCGGUGGGCGGGAACGUGAAGGAGGCCGGCGGUGGCGGCGGCGGUGGCGGCGGCGGCGGCGGUCCGGAGGCGUUCUCUCCGUUCUCCAUCCCAGUGCCCAUCACCAUCCCGGUUGCCAGCGGCAACGCCUCGCCACCUCCCAGCAGCCCACACAGAUUGGACCUGCCGCACUAUUCACCCAUCUCAUCAUACGAAGAGGAGCGCGACGUCCUGGAGGAGGAGCUGGCCGAGGAAGAGGAAGAAGUGAUGAGGAAUAAGUGGGACUCCCAGGUGGAAGAUGAUGAAGAUGAGGGACUGGAAUACCUGGAGCUCAAAGAUGAAGACGACGAUUGAUACGCAGAGUUAUUUUUAACUGCACUGCAAAAACACAAAAUCAGGAUUUUUAUGAGUUGAGUUGAAAUAAAUCAAAUCCAGUUUCAUCUGUAAAGCAGCUGAAAGGCGUCUCAAAGAGCUUCACGUCAUAAAAACACAAAGUCAUGCAGCAUAGAAUCAACAAGCCAACAUCACAUCAAGUCAGCCCUCAUCAAUAAAUUGAUCACAUUUCCAAUAAAACCAACCAGCUGCUUUCAGUCUGGACUUAAAGGAUCUCAGGGUUUCGGCUGUUUAGCCGUUUUCUGGAAGUUUGUUCCAGAUUUGUGGUGCAUAGAAGCUGAAUGCUUCUCCUCGUUUGGUUCUGGUUCUGAUGCAGAGCAGAACCAGAACCAGAACCAGAACCUGAUGGUCUGGGAGGUUGAUCCAGCAGCAGAUCUUUAAUGUGUUGCUGAGCCGCUCAGUGAUUCAUAAACUAACAGUUUUAAAGUCUCUGAGCUGCAGGGAGCCAAUGAGGAUCUGUAGAACCAACCGGGUCCAUGUGCUCCAUCCUCCUGGUUCUGGUUCUGGUUCUGGUUCUGGUUCUGGUCCAGCAGCAGCAGCUGCAGGAUUGAUGUGUUGGACAGACGCUGCUGCAGGAAUCGAUGCCAAUGAGGAGAAACGGAGCGAGAGGCUCUGAGACAUCAGACCUCUCGACGCUCUGCAGGGGACAGAGGCCUCUUUGUGAGGGUCAGAGGUCAGAGGUCAUCACUACUCCCAGGUUUCAGGCUGAUCGCCGGUUUUAGUUGGAAUAACUGAGGCUGUGCAUUGACUGUAGAUCUCCAGCUCUAGAUCUAUAGCUCUAGAUUGUUCCUCUAGAGGUCCAAUAGUAAUGACUUCAGAUCUGUCUCAGAGUCGAUUCAGUGACUGGGCGGGGUCAAAGGUCACCUGCUGUCCAGCUGUAUCAUCAGCCUUGUCAGCUUUUCUGAUGAACGGGAGGUCAGAGGUCAGAGGUCGGCCUGUAACUGCAGCAGUGAUUUGGUUUGAAAACUAACUUGGAAAUAAGGAGCUGUGAUUAUCAAUAUAUAUCAAUAUGUAUUGAUAUAUAUUGGUAAUUUAUGAAUAUUGAUAAACACAGCAGAUUAUUAUUAUUAUUAUUAUUAUUAUUGUUUAUUUCAUGAAAAUGUUUUUCAUAAGGGAACUACAACUAUGGGUUGCUAGGCAAACGGGCCGGGCCUGGCUGGUGUUGCUAGGUAACGGUGUGUGGAAAUAUUAAGGAAUUAUUUUAUUCUAAAUAAUUCAUUAUUUUAUUCUAAAUAU